AUGAAUUCCAUUACAGACCCUCUUCUGGACCCCCUGCAGUUUGCCUACAGAGCCAACAAGUCUGUAGACGACGCAGUAAACAUGGCACUCCACUUCACCCUCCAGCACCUGGGGGGUAUUCCAUCAACGUUUCCCAAGGACACAGAUUUGAGGAAGAAGUGGGAAGUAACUUUGCGGAGACAAGGAUUCACUGCAAGUGGUUCUUUAGUGCUAUGUAGUCAGCAUUUUCAACAGGGCGAUUUAGAUAGGACCGGGCAGAUUGUCCGACUCCGAGAUGGCGUUAUUCCAUCAGUAUUCAGCUUCCCGGUUCACCUCCAAAGAUUGGAAAAGGGCAGGGCUACGACAACCUCCAGAAGAGCAGAAGAAAGCCUGUCCUUUGCCUCUCAUCGCAGCACAAGGGUUAAGACCAGACUCAAUGAAGCCUUGGCAAGAGUGGAAAGUCUGGAACGAGAGAAGAAGAAUUCCAUGGCCAGAGAAAAGAGGGCAAAGACCACAUUGAAGAGUUUUUUGAGGGAUUUGAGGGAUAAGAACCUCAUUAAUGAAGAGCUCAAAGAGAAGCUUGAAUUCUACUCCAAUCUUCAGAUAGACCUCAUGGCAAAGCAGCGCCAUGAGUACACAAAGGACUACAGAGAGUUUGCGCUCACGCUCCAUCCCCAUGGUCCAAAGACAUACAAAUACCUCAGAGAGACUCGACAUUUUCCCCUCCCACAUCCACAUACAUUACAAAGGUGGCUGCUUUCGGUGGAUGCCAAGUCUGGCCAGAACAAGAUGAUGCUGGAUAUGCUGGAGAGAAGAUGCCAGGCAGACCAGGCUAAAUAUGGACAUGUUUCCCUGAUGUUGGAUGCCAUGUCCAUCAGAAAACAUGUCCACUACAUUCCACAUACCCAGUCAAUGUCUGGUUUUGUAGACUUGGUGGAUGGAAACAAGUUUUUGUUUUCAUGGUUGUCGGUCUACAAGGACAUUGGAAGGCUCCCAUAG